AGAGUGCGCAAGCGCGCCCCGGGACCGCGCUCAGAGUCGCGGGCGCCCGCAGCCACCUCCGUCCAUCCCCGGUGGCAGCGGUUGUGCCAUGGUCGCUGCGCUCUGGGGCUGCUGGUUCCACCGGGGCGGAGCUGGCACUGCCAUCCCGGUCCACCCGCAUCCACCCAGCUGCCCACCCCCAACAGUUGUCUAGUGGUCCAGCCGCCUGAGUUGCCAAGGCAACCGCCGACAUCCUGCAUCCUGCCCCUCCCUCGCCCUGCCUGGCAUCUUUUGGUCCUGCGCACUGAGAGCUCCAGCUGGGACUGAUGCUCCGUCGUGGCGAACAUAGAAGGAGCUCCACAUCUGGAGGCGAGCGAGGAGGCGAGCGAGGAGGCGAGCGAGGAGGCGAGCGUGGAGGCGAGCGUGGAGGCGAGCGAGGAGGCGACCGUCCUAGGAUGUCCGUGGCCAAGAAGAAGAGAGGAGUGCGCCCUUCCUCCUCCGCUCGUAUGGUCCUGCGCCAAAGAGGAGGCCACUGCCCAGCCGCCUACUACCACCUAACCGGGGGUCCUGGGGGUGGGGCCUUGGGAGACAUCCCCGAAGAUUACGAAGAUUACGAAGAGGUGGGUGGGCUGAAAUCGAUAAUGAGACAGACCUACAUGAAUCGGGCCCAGCUUGCCCUGAUGGCCCUGUCCUUGCUGCUCUUGCUGCUACUGUACAUAGGGGUGCCACGAGCCCCAGAGCAGACCAAAUGGCCCUGGUCAGACCCCAAUGUCUCAUCCCUGACUGGUAUCACAUUUGGAGAACCCCCCAUCUUUUACCGUGAGGUGUACCCACUCCAACAGGCACGCAGGCUGGACGUGGUGCUGCUUCACGGAAAGGCCUUUAGCUCCUUCACAUGGGAACAGCUGGGCACACUGCAGGUUCUGGCACACAGAGGCUACCGGGCUGUGGCCAUUGACCUCCCAGGUUUUGGGAACUCAGCACCCACAAAGGAGGCCAACACAGAUAUGGGACGGGCAGAGCUGCUGAAGCAAGUGCUGGAAGAACUGCAGGUACAGAAGGGGGUGUUGGUGAGCCCCUCCCUGAGCGGCCAGUAUUCCCUGCCCUUCCUGAUGCAAAGUCACGAGCUGCUACAUGGAUUUGUGCCCAUCGCGCCUGUCUACAACCAAAACUACACCCGGGACCAGUUCUGGGCUGUAAAGACCCCGACCCUCAUCAUGUAUGGAGAUAUGGACCAAAUCCAGUCCACGGAGUCCAUGCAGCGGCUCCGCUACCUUCCCAACCAUUCUGUGGUGAAGCUACACAAUGCUGGCCAUGCCUGCUACCUUCAGAAGCCACAGGACUUCCACUUGGCCCUCCUCAACUUCCUGGACAACUUGCCUUGAACUCACCCAGUGCUCCCGCCCCAGGCCUGACCUGAGACUGUGCUUGUGUUCCUCUCCCACUCCCAGAGAGCUAAGCCUUGUCGUUACCUUUCAUCUUGCAGACUUAAUAAAAAGUAUAUUUGUCGUGUG